GGCUCCCGCUCCUGUUAAUAGGCUGAGGACUGCAGACAUAAGGAGUCCGGAGCUCAAACCAGUCUGGCUGUAAACUUGCCACUUCACAAACUGUGAGGCGACACGGAGGAAAACAGCCGCUCAGAUUUCUUUUGUGGCUCCCUCAGUGAAAACCUAGCUACAAUGCCCCGCCAUUUUGUAAGCUGGCAAGCCACAACCUGCACUGAUUCCCAAAGAUGAGGUUAACUACAAAGGAUCAAAAACUUGGGAGACUACUUAAAAUAUUUUCUUAGAGUCAGAUGCCAAAGGAACAAGGAACAUUUAGCACAGACUUCCCCUUUAUAACUGCUUUAUACUGUAUAUAUGACGAUGUACAGAUGACUGUGUAUGAUGAUUUUGUUGCCCACUGAAUAGCACUGACUGGCCACUGUUUGAUACCCUGAAAUCAGAUCAAAACAGGAAUCUGUGGACUUAGAUUUGUGGAAAUUUCAGUGUUACAAGUGUACUUGCACUUGCAUUUUAUAUCUAGGAUCCUAACUAGAUAUAACGCGCAAAUAUAAUGCACCUGGAUUUUACAGUGCUACAGCUCAGCAGUUAGUUUCAUUCUGUUAUAGAGCUACAAAAGUGCUCAACAUGGCCACCGCAGCCACCAUGGAAGUGGCAGACAUCACUAUUGUAGUAAUCUACUUCAUCCUGGUGCUAGCGAUCGGUUUCCUUGCCAUGUGGAAAGCCAAUCAGAGCUCAGUGAGCGGCUACUUCCUCGCUGGUCGCUCCAUGAACUGGGCAGCUGUAGGAGCAUCUCUAUUCGUUAGCAACAUAGGAAGUGAGCAUUUCAUUGGACUAGCUGGAUCAGGUGCUGCCAGCGGGUUCAGCGUGGCUGCAUGGGAAUUCAACGCUUUAUUAUUACUCCAGUUGUUAGGCUGGGUGUUUAUCCCUGUGUAUAUUCAGUCCGGAGUCUACACCAUGCCGGAGUACCUGACAAAACGGUAUGGCGGGAGGCGACUAAAAGUGCAUUUUGCUGCGUUAUCUCUUGUUCUGUACAUCUUCACCAAGUUGUCCGUGGACCUCUAUGCCGGAGCCUUGUUCAUUCAGGAAUCCUUAGGGUGGAACCUCUAUUUGUCAAUCAUCCUCCUCAUCGCCAUAACGGCUUUGCUGACAGUCACUGGUGGUCUGGUCGCUGUCAUCUACACAGAUACGGUCCAGGCAUUCCUCAUGAUCACCGGAGCACUGUGCCUUACAGGCAUCAGCCUCUUCAAAGUGGGAGGUCUUGAAGGGCUGAGGACCAAGUACAUGCAGGCUACUCCAAACAUCACUGCCAUCUUGCUGUCUUCACCCAACCUGACGUAUUCUGAAUCCUGCCACCACCACCUCAACCCGAAGCCAGAUGCUCUGAAAAUCCUUCGAGGCCCAAGGGAUCCAGACCUGCCGUGGCCCGGUUUCUUACUGGGCCAGACUCCUGCCUCUAUCUGGUACUGGUGUGCAGAUCAAGUGAUUGUACAGCGAGUUCUAGCAGCAAAGAACGUUGCCCAUGCCAAAGGUUCUACUAUCAUGGCUGGCUUUCUUAAAAUCCUCCCCAUGUUCAUCAUUGUCAUCCCAGGGAUGAUUUCCAGGAUACUCUUUGCUGAUGAGUUGGCGUGUAUUAGCCCAGAGCACUGCAUGGAAGUGUGUGGUUCUGCUGCUGGCUGUAGCAACAUGGCUUAUCCGCGGCUCGUCAUGUCAGUGAUGCCCGUCGGCCUCCGCGGCCUGAUGAUGGCUGUCAUGAUCGCAGCUCUAAUGAGCGACUUGGACUCCAUCUUCAACUCAGCAAGCACCAUAUUCACAUUGGAUAUUUACAAGAUGCUACGAAAGGGAGCAUCAUCCAGGGAGUUGGUGAUAGUCGGCAGGUUGUUUGUGGUUUUCAUGGUGAUCAUCAGCAUUGCCUGGGUGCCGGUCAUCAUUGAGAUGCAGGGAGGUCAGAUGUUCUAUUACAUCCAAGAAGUAUCAGAUUACCUGACUCCACCCAUAGCUGCUCUCUUCUUGCUUGGCGUCCUGUGGCAUCGCUGCAAUGAGACGGGUGCCUUUUGGGGUGGAAUGGUAGGAUUUGUCCUUGGAGCAUUACGUCUGGUUUUGGCAUUUGUUUACCGCGAGCCUCACUGCGACCAGCCUGAUGAGCGGCCAUCUUUCAUCAAAGAUGUUCAUUUCAUGUAUGUGGCAGCCAUCUUGUUUUGGGUGUCAGCUUUGGUGACUGUAGUUGUGAGUCUCUGCACUCCUCCGCCUAGAAAAGAACAAAUCAGAACCACUACUCUGUGGGGGUUAAAUAAGAGAAAGAGGCAAGAAAAACAGCAAGAAAAAGAGAAAGCUGGAGAAGACAUCAAUGCUUUGAAGCCUCUAAACCAUGCAAUCAUAAAAGGAAACUGUUUGCUUGGUAAAGAAAUGUGUCAAGACCACCCAAACAUGCUCAAUGGCACUGAGGCCAAUCAUGAAAAUGCUCAACCAAGCAAUGGUCAUGCUAUCACAGCCAGUGACAUAGAAUCCCACCAUCCAAUUCAGAAUGGUUGUCACUCACCAAUUUCUGACCCUAAAAUUGCAGAAGUGGGAGAAGGGAGAAGAGUGAGGGAUAGGGAGGGGGAAGAGAAGGGCUGCUUUGGAGGAGGAGAAGUGGAGGGUGGGAGAUGUAUGAAGGUUUUAGAGUGGUUCUGUGGCUUCCAGGAGAAGCAGCCCAACGCUCAGGUCAUUACAGUCCAGGAACAGGAGAAGAUCAUGGGUGAGCUUCUCCAUGAACCUCCAGGAACUAGGAUCAUCCUGAACAUAGGACUGGUGGCGAUAAGCUCUGUCGGGAUCUUUCUCUUCAUCUAUUUCUCCUUAUAGGCUCAAUUCCAAGCAGUGGGACAGGUUUGUUCCAAAACCUAUAAGCAGGAAUGGUCUAUAGGUAGGCUACCCUUCAAUUUUCUCUUAACUUUUAAUUUAAAAAGAGCAUGGUGAACACACAGACUGUAUAAAAUAUGGACCUAGUGUCUGUGACGUCACCCAUAGGUUUCUGAAAAGCCAUUGGGCAGCUCAAAGUGGGUGGCUCCUGACGGCUCCGGCUGUCACCAUCUUGGCAGUCCAAAAAUGGGCAAAGAGGUGGAGCUGAGGCGGGCUGAAUGAAGCCUGGUUACUGAACCACCUAGUGGCAAGCCAACUGAUAGGACACCCACCUGUCACUCAAAUUAGCUAUAGAGACCAAAAUUGAUUUUUGUAUCAGGCUGUAAACAUGUUUGUUUCUGCUGUGAAGUUGGACAUUUUAACAUGGGGCUCUAUGGGGAUUGACUCGCUUUUGGAGCCAGCCUCAAGUGGUCAUUUGAGGAACUGCUUCAUUGGCUAAGUUUUUUUAGCCCCAGAGGUUGCCACUUGAGUGAAAAGGAAAACUGCUGUUUCCUCUCAUGAGAAAAUUGUGAAAUGUGAAAUUGCAACUUACCAAGUUUAAAAGGCAUUUUGUAUACAUAGUAAAGGGUUCUGUUCAUCCUUUUUGUCCCAUUUCUUUUUCCUGCAAAAUUGGACCUAGAACCCCAAGUAGAUUUGAAAUAUGCUCAGGAUUAGGCUAAGGAACCACCUCUUGAAAAUAUUUUUUUUUUUUUAAUAGAACAAAUUAGUACUUUGUUGUAUAUUCUGAAAUUCUGUAUUUUCUGCACUGUAUAUAUUGUGAUAACUGUCAAGUGUUCAGUAUGCUUCAAACAAACCAGUUUGUACAAAGUGUCUUCCGUACAUGUCUGAAGUGUUUCGAAUGGCCACACUCGAAGGCGGGGCAAAAAGCUGGCUAUCAUAAAGAGGGGCAAGACAUGAUGAAUUGUAUAAAAAGAAAUAAUGGUCCACACUUGUUUCCAUAGUUUAUCAUGAUGCACUCAACUCUUAGGACGGUAGUGGAUGGAAACGCACAUUAAUUUGCAUUUUCUUUUGCAGGUUUUUGUGAAAUUCAGUUGAAAUUUGCACUAUAUUUGAAUGGAAACCUGGCUACUGUGCAAACUGACAAUCCAUGUUUGACUGAUUGUCAGUUCAAAAGUUGCAAAAAUUUAUGGACGCAGCCGCCCCAAUUCAGACACCACAAAGGUGUGGGGGCAGGGUAUUGUGAACGCUGUUCAACAGUCCAACAAGAACUUUGUUUGAAGCCUAUUAACACCUUUAGGAGACAGUGUGGUGAAGAUAGUCUUUAAUUACUGUAGACAGUCUUCUGAUCAAUUUCACUGUAUCAUAAGUUCCACUGAAUGAAAUAAAGUAUUCCUUUUUUAUAGGGGACUAUCAGGAACCCCCCCGAACAGUACAGAGGUCCACAAACCCCUGUCUUUCGGAGAUGAAUACAAAUUAACAUUAUGGUGAUGGUAGUUAAUUACAUUCACCCACAAAUUGGGUAAACACCCAGGAAUUAUAGAACUCAAAGGGUGUCUUCCACUCAGAUGGUUUAAAAUGUUUAUGAAUGUGAAUUAUGGUGUUGUGUUAAUUUGUAAGACCUGAUGUUAAGCCAGAUUUCAGAUGUGAAAGGGAGGACUUGGAAUGAGUUCCUCACUCUUUCCUCCUCUCCCAGAUUGAUCCAGUGAAUAUAAUUGCAUUAUUGAAUUUUUUUAAUACUGAACCUACAGUAUUCCAUGCAAAAUAAACUAAUUAAAUCAA